CCCCGCCCGACUGUAUGAGUUGCCUGCAGUCUUUGCGGCCACUGUUUUCGCCUCCUCCUCCACCUUCUCCACUUCCUCCAGCCUCUGUCUAUCUGUCCAGUCCGGGAAUGUUGACCACCGUGGCCUGAUCCAACGCCGCCGAGUGUCCCUUCUUCUCCUGACUGCCACUCCGUGUUCGUCUCUGAGGGUCGUAGCCUGCCUCUGGUUCUAAGAUUCAUCUUCUCUGUUCAUCUUGUAUCGAAACUGAUCCAGCCAAGCAAAUUGUACAAAAGAGCUGAGAAACACUAAACAUGGCUGUGGCCGGAUGUCCGGAUUAUUUCCUGCAUCAUCCAAAUUAUCAGCAGGACAAUAUAGACCGGUCCUCCAAUCACCGACAAGCUGACCUCAUUGGUCCGAGCUUCCAGCAAUCAGCCAGUUCUCCUAACCAUCAAGAGGAUGAUGUCGAUUUGGAGGCCCUGGUGAAUGAUAUGAACUCUUCGCUGGAGAGCCUGUACUCCACCUGCAGUGGUCAGCAGACAGAGUCAACUCCACUGCUGCACAAUGGACAGACCUCUUCCUCACACCAACAGCACCAUCACAAUCACGUGCAACACAACCAGCCUCGGCAGGGUCAACACUCACUCGCUCUAAGCCACGUCUCACCAGAGCCGCCCUCCUCUUCUUCGUCGUCUGCAGACUCCCCACAAUCCAGCCUCAGGCGGUCACAACCCAUGCACAUCCUCGCUGUCAGGAGGUUGCAGGAACAGGAGCAGCAGCUGAGGACAUCCUCUCUCCCUGCCAUCCCGAACCCCUUCCCUGAGCUCUGCAGUCCAACCAGCUCCCCUGUCCUCAGCCCCGGCUCUCUACCUCCAGGAGAACCUUCCACUGGCACAUAUAUUGUGAAGAUCUUCAGUGAAGACGGCAUGGGUAAAGUGGUGGAGAUCCCAGCGGACAUGACAGCCAGGGACCUGUGCCAGCUCCUGGUUUAUAAAAGCCAUUGUGUGGACGACAACAGUUGGGCACUUGUUGAACACCACCCGCUGCUAGGACUAGAGCGCUGUCUAGAAGACCACGAGCUGGUGGUUCAGGUCCAGGCCUCUAUGAACAGCGACAGUAGAUUCCUCUUCAGGAAGAACUAUGCCAAAUAUGAAUUCUUCAGAAACCCCCUGACAUUUUUCCCUGAGCAAAUGGUUGCAUGGUGCCAGGAAACCAACCGUACGAUUCCACCAUCUCAGCUCCUCCAGAACUUCCUAGCGACCAGUAGCUGUCCAGAGAUCCAGGGGUAUCUGUAUGUGAAGGAGGUGGGAAGGAAGUCGUGGAAGAAAGUUUACAUAUUCCUUCGGCGCUCGGGACUCUACUGCUCGACAAAAGGAACCUCAAAGGAGCCCAGACAUCUACAGUUUCUAGCAGACCUUGACGACAGUAACAUCUUCACUGUCACCACAGGCAAAAAGCAGCACGGAGCACCGUCAGACUACGGCUUCUGUAUCAGGCCCAAUAAAUGUCGAGGGGAGCUCAAGGAGUUGAGGAUGCUGUGUGCGGACGAUGAACAGGGCAGGACGUGUUGGAUGAUGGCCUUCCGGCUCUUUAAGUAUGGAAUUCUGUUGUACCAGAACUACAAGAUUCCCCAACAAAGGAAAACAUUACUUUCACACUUCUCGGCACCUGUGCGGAGUGUAUCGGAAAACUCCCUUGUGGCCAUGGAUUUCUCAGGGAGGAUAGGCAGGGUGAUUGACAACCCUGUAGAAGCUCAGAGCGCUGCCAUGGAGGAGGGACAUGCAUGGAGGAAGAGGAGUCAACGAAUGAACGUAUUAGGCUCCCACAGUCCUCUACACCACUCCUCACUAAGCUCAGUCAUCCACAUAGCUCAGUUGUGGUUCCACGGCAGGAUAACCAGAGAAGAAUCGCAUCGCAUUAUCCACCAGCAGGGACAAGUCGAUGGGUUGUUUCUGCUCAGAGUCAGUCAGAGUAAUCCCAAGGCGUUUGUGCUCACGUUGUGCCAUCACCAGAAAAUCAAACAUUUCCAGAUACUACCGUGUGAAGAGGACGGCCAAAUCUUCUUCAGCCUUGACGACGGCUCCACCAAAUUCACCGACCUGAUUCAGCUGGUGGAGUUCUACCAGCUCAACAGAGGAGUGCUGCCUUGUAAACUCAGACACCCGUGCACCUUCGUGGCCUUAUGACAUCGUCAGAUCACCUGACCCCCGUCACUUGACCUGACUCUGCCUAAAACAACAACACAAAUCUUCCUGUUGGCGUUUCGUUUUUUUAUCUCUUCAAGAAGCUGGUGAAUUGACUGAUGUUCCGCUGUCAUUUUGAUCUGUUGUGAGUCCUCUGAAGACUGCUGAAUUGUUGGAAUCCUUUUGCAUGAAUGUUGGAGGAGUCGGACUGACAGAUUGCUCACAAGGUUCCUCGAGAAGAGAAGAGAACAGAUAAAGGAAAUGAACACUGCCCUUUGUGUCAAUGCUCUUGCAAAUUCUUCUACAAUCUUGCUACCCAUAGUCAUCAAUAAGCUUGGACACACAGUGAAACUCAAUGUUUAUCUUCACAAAGUGUAGACUGUGUUUCCUUUCAACUGAACAAUCAGCAGGACCACCCUCUGCUCUCCGAGAACAGACUGUAAUCGCAUUCAAGUCUUCAUCACACGUCCUCAAAACAUAAACUGUUGAUGGAGAGUUGAUUUCUCUUUAGUUUUGCACUCAUGGAACUGGGAGUUGCCUUUGACGGUGCAUGACUUCUCAGCUGUCUUAACUGUGAGAUGGUUCCACCGCCCUCUAGUGUCAUAGGCAUGCAAGGACAUGUCAAAAUUCAACAUCGACGAUAUUUAGAAGCCCCAGAAAGAGACACAGAAGUUUGUCAAAGUCAAACUAGCUGGAGGAAAAAUCUGGAACUGUUGAAACAUUAAUUUUUAUUUGUGGACAACACAAAACCUGCAUCGCGGCCCUCACAGAAAUGCUCAUCUCUCAGCACACAGGGUUUAUUUUCUUAUUGAUACAUUCAUUGUUUUGUAAUUGCCCCUUUUGCAUUCUGGAUAUUUGCAACUCUUCAUUAUUUGCGUGCUCCAUUUCCCUAAAGUAUGUCCGAUGUAACUUCCACAAAAAUAGAAAAACAUUUAUCGAAGGGUGAAAAAACAAGUAAUAACGUUAGAGGAUGUUUAUAGCCAUGUAGACAGAUGUGUUGCGUGGAAGGUUGGAAAGUGAAUCAGGUAUUUAUUUGGUGGGAAAUGUGUACGUGCAGUAGUUGACUGCAGGAAAAGGCAUGGUGAGAGUAUCAAUAUGUUAUUCAAUUCUCCUGCACAGGGGAGAAUAACCACUAGCAUUUCCCUCAGGUGUUUUUCAAGGAAACAAAAUAAUUAGAUCAGAUCUGGUUUGUCCUGUCCUUGUUUCAAAUGUUGUCCCACAAAUGUACCUCCUGGGAGUUGUGAGAUAGAGUUAGAUAUACAUGGUUAAGUGUGACUGUUCAUUACAUUACAUAUAAUGCGGCCUUGGUCUGCCUGGCAGUACCUGUGUGUACUGACACAUCACAUAUAAGCCUCUUGCCCUCAGCACGCCACCUCUUAAUGAAAUCAGGCAGAAUGUUUUAGAAAGUAAGCUAAAGGUUUGGGAAAAAUAUGUAAUAAGAGAAGCGUAUAGAAAAGAUAUCUGCCUCUCCCUAGUCAUCUCGUUCUUUCCUCAGCCUGUCUAACCUGGUGUCAUCACACUCUCAUCGGCAUGCUGUGAAAAUGGACCUCUGGUACAUGAUGUGUUUUUGGCAAAACUCUUACUGAGUUAGGUUGAGGAUGACAGGAGUAAAUAGCCUCAGUUAUUGGAAGUAUUUUGAUGAUAUUCCUACUCAAAGUCUGUCACAAUUCGGUUCAUAGUCACUGUCUUUUAAAGUUGCACCACACACUUUUAAUCUCAAUCUGGGAUAUUUCUAGAAACUCACAUUUUAAUUUGUAUGUAGUCAAAACGUUGGUGUCAGCUGUGGUUUGGCCACCAGCCAGCAGACCGUUAGAUAUCCGUUUUUACGUACCUGUAAUGCAAACUCAACAGCCAUGAUUUAUUGACCUGCAGGUUAUCUCAAGGUUUAUUGGUCUUCUGUGAUGCAGAAUAGCCUCACCAUAUUGACUCUGUGCAUGGUCACCAUUAUUUAUCUAAGAUGCAAUGACUCAAUCAUUUUUUUUAAGUAUUGUUGCAGAAAAAUUUAUUUAUUUAUCUCCAUGUGACUGAUUACUUGAAAUUUUUAGAUUUCUUUUUUUUCUCUGCGCUGUUCUGUACUGUUUUCUAUUGUCAUUACCAUGAAAUGAUUGACCAGUGUGAUAUAUAAUUGUUAUUAUUGUAAUGAAAUAGCAUCUAUUGUU